UUUAAGGGUAAGAAAAGGCCGGGAAGAUGCAGAAAGUCAGUCAGUUCACUCUAUUACGACGGAUGCGAAGAUGUUGAUAGUUGCCUUUUUACUCCACCUGCUGUGCUUAUCGUACGGCCAGGACUACGACCCGGGGCUUAUCGGGAAUCUGCUGUCCUACCUUAACAGGGGAGUACGGUACUUCACGAACGAGCCUCCCGAUGCGAAGAAAAUCCUGCCGAAGUACGACUUCAUCAUAGUCGGUGCUGGUUCGGCAGGAUGCGUCCUUGCCAACAGGCUAACCGAGAUAGCAGAAUGGAAUGUACUUCUAAUCGAAGCAGGAGGUCCUGAAUCUAUGCUGAUGAACAUUCCUUUACUCGCGCCUGUCUUACAGUUCACAGACGCCAACUGGGGAUUUUUAAGCGAGCCGACUGAAUUUGCCUGUAAAGGUAUGAAAGGAGGAAGGUGCCCGAUACCCAGGGGUAGGGUGAUGGGCGGCUCAAGCGUGCUCAACUUCAUGGUCUACACCCGGGGCGACAAGAGGGACUACGACCAUUGGGCAGAACUCGGCAAUACCGGCUGGUCGUGGGAUGACGUCGAACCUUAUUUCAUGAAAAGCGAAGACGUUCACAUCAACGACAACUGGAUCGACAAGGUCCACCAUAGGAACGGGGGCUACCUCAGCGUCGACACCGCUCCCUAUAAGUCACCCUUGGUCACCGGCUUCGUCAAGGCAGGCGCUGAACUCGGCUACAAAGUCCGAGACUACAACUCGGGAAACAUAGAGGGAUUCUCUUACGUCCAGUCUACAGUCAAGAACGGCGCUAGGAUGAGCACGUCUCAAGCCUAUCUCCAUCCGGUUCACAAUAGGAAAAAUCUUCAUGUUGUGAAACGGGCGAUGGUAACGAAAGUACUGAUAGAAAACGGAAAAGCGGUUGGAGUAAUUUAUAACAAGGGUAAAAAGAAGUAUACGGUGAGAGUUUCUAAGGAGGUCAUUCUUUCUGCUGGAGCUAUAAACAGCCCGCAGCUUCUUAUGCUCUCAGGUAUCGGUCCGGCGUCUCACCUGAAGGAAAAAGGGAUCCCGGUGGUUAAGAAUCUCCCCGUCGGAUAUAAUUUGCAAGACCAUCCAGUAAUUGGCUAUGUCAUUUUUACGGUUGAUAAAGCUGUCGGCUUAAACGAAAACGUCGUUACGGACCUUGGCGUUAUAUCGAACUUCUUGAGGCAACAAAAAGGACAAAUGACGAUAACAGGAGGUUUGGAGGGCUUGGCCUUUGUCGAUGUUUUCAACGGACCUCGGAACCAGCAAUUUCCGAAUUUGGAAAUACAGUUUUGCAUAUCUUCUCCUCUCUCUAUACAGUUUUUAAAUGCCAAUUUUGGCGUCAACAGGGAGAACUUCCAAAUCUAUAAAUCAAAUGGCAGCGUGUACUCUUACUUGAUGUUCAUGAACGUCAUGAGGCCAAAGAGCAGGGGUAGGGUUUGGCUAGCGAGUAAAAAUCCUAAGAUGAAGCCCAAGAUUGAUUUGGGAUUUUUAAACCACCCGGAUGAUGUCAAAGUCUUAGUCAAAGGAGUGGAGUUGGCCAAAAAUCUUAGCAAUACUGGAGCCAUGCAACAAUUUGGAUCUAAGCUGUAUGACAAACCGAUACCUCCUUGUGCUCAUUUAGGCCGCGAUAAUGACAGAUAUUGGGAGUGCCAUGCUAGGCAUCUUACGGUAACGAACUACCACCAAAGUGGAACAACAAAAAUGGGUCCGAUCGGAGAUCCGACAUCUGUUGUUGACCCCAGACUGAGAGUGAUUGGUAUUAAAGGCUUACGGGUCAUAGAUGCAUCGAUCAUUCCUGUUCUUAUGUCAGCACACACGAAUGCCCCUGUGAUUAUGAUUGCUGAAAAAGGUGCAGAUAUGAUUAAACAGGAUUGGGGACAGUAAACAUUAAACUAACCUCUUCCUGUCCUUCAAAGGCUGUGUUUUAUUUAUUUUUGACUAUUGAUAUAAGGCAAAAAUACUACAUUAGUGAUGUGAAUACCGGUUCAAAACACAAUUAUAACAUUGUGUACAUACAUAAUAUGGCAUAAAUUUUGGUUUUCCAGAUUCAAGGAAAAAUAUGUUCAAAAAAUUUGAAUGUUUGUAAAAACAAACAUUAUUAUAUCUGAUUUGUCAUAAAAGCAUUAUUAAUCAGUUGCAAGAUAAAACAAUAGCUUAUUGUGAUAUAAUGAAUUUAUAUUUAUGAAUAGCAUGUAAAGUAGCAUAAAAAAUACAAAUAACAAAUCGACAAUCCUUCUUAAUACCAAACAAUAAUUUAUUUGAAUAAAUUUGCUCAUCAAAAAAAAGCCUGGUAUGAGUUUGUUGUUUUCAAUGUACUUAAUGUCUUCAUAAAUAAUUAUAAGAAGCAGAAGGAUUGACUAAAAAGGCAGUUAACAAUUUAUUACUUAAUUUGAAAAUCAUUAUGAGUAGGGCAUUGUAAUUGUAAAUAGUUUUCUUUGCUUCCUAAAAUUUAAAAAAAGAUUUACAUUGCCUCUGGGCUUUGAUAAAUAAUAAGUAACAUUUUACUGUGAUAGAAUGGGAAAAAAUUGGUUUAGAUAUAUUUUUUAUAUGAAACCAUUUGUAAUGUUAAAUUAUUUGACUAUUUACAUUAUAUAUUUUGCUCUUACUUCCUACAUCAGUAUAGUAAAGUAGAAAAUCAAGUGCUAUCAGCUUUAAAAGUGUUCUAAUUUAUUUCAUUGAAUGUAUAUGAAACGGACAUUUGACUUCAUAAAGUGGUUAUAUGCUUUAAAGUUUAAAACACAUACUGUGAAAAGGUUCAAAUUUUUAAUGUUAAUAUUUUUCACUUUAGUAUACUUUAUAUCUUUACCACCGGAAACUUGAACGAAAAAUGUAAUUAAUUAUGUAACUAUGUAGUAUAGAUUUCAUUCUCAAAUAGAGAGAUUAAUGUAAAUAAAGUGUCAUUAAGUAAAUUAAGAAAAUUUUGAUUUAUUAUCCCUGAAUUCUUGCAGAAUCAUUCUUACAUUCAUUAUUUUUUUGAUGUUAGGUUUUGUUUACUUCUACAACACUUUCUUUGUCUCUUAGUAAUAUAUCUUAUUGACUUGUCU